AAAUGGGAAAAGAGCUAAAGGGUGGUCGAGUGUGAUGUGGAGACAUGGGACUCAGUCUGUCAUAUCCAAAACAAGGAAAUCCUCGUGCGAGUAAUGGCGAUUCUUCUAGAAAACUCGCUUUACUUCUGCUAACACAACCAGCUUGUUAAUUCUUCUCAUACGUGGCCUGUGGAACCAGCGUAGCCAUGUCAUCUCGGGUGUUGCUACGGCAACAGUUGAUGCGGGAGCAGGCGCAGGAGCAGGAGAGGAGGGAGGCGCAGCAGCAGGCGUCUGCCGCUCAGCUCCGUCUGACAGAGUCCACUCCUGCCAUCUCCGUCACGGUGCCACCCAUGGCCACCCGCCCUCCUCCAGCUCAAGUACCGGUGGAGGUUUUGAAGGUGCAAACUCAUCUUGAAAACCCAACUAAAUACCACAUCCAGCAGGCCCAGAGGCAGCAAGUGAAGCAGUACUUGUCCACCACACUAGGAAAUAAAGUUGCCACACAAACUCUCGGUAUAUCCCCCGUUCCACAGUCAAAUUCUGCUCCGGAGAGGUGCCCUUCUGCAAGCAGUGCUCCCAACAGUCCAAUGGCACAUCUAAACCUGGGCUCCAAUAAAGAAGAGAUGGAUGAUGUAAUUGACGACAUUAUCAGCCUUGAAUCCAGCUUCAAUGAUGACAUCAUGUCACUGAUUGAUUCUGGCCUGCAACUCCCAAACACGCUACCAGGCAACCUUCUGGAUGUCUACAACAGUCCUGGCAUGACGACCCCCGCCAUCACCGUCAGCAAUUCUUGUCCAGCAGAUCUGCCUAAUAUUAAAAGAGAAUUAAUUGGUAAUGAUUUACUCAGCCCAGCUUCUGUUUUUUUCCUUUGUUUCAGUUGUUUGUUGUGUGGUAGUAAUAACAGCUGUAUAUUUUCAGACACAGAGACCAGAGCCUUCAUGAAGGAGAGGCAAAAGAAAGAUAAUCACAAUCUCAUUGAACGGCGGAGAAGAUUCAACAUAAAUGACAGAAUAAAGGAAUUAGGAGCUCUGAUACCCAAAUCCAAUGAUCCGGAGAUGCGCUUGAACAAAGGAACCAUUUUGAAGGCUUCUGUUGAUUAUAUAAGAAAACUUCAGAAAGAGCAACAGAGGGCCAAAGAGAUUGAGAUGAGGCAGAAGAAACUGGAGACAUCCAACCAGGCCCUGCUGCUUCGCAUACAGGAGUUAGAGAUGCAAGCUCGUCAUCAUGGCCUCUCCUCCGCUAUGCCUCAAGGCCUGAGCGCAGACGCUUCCUUCCUUCAGCAACAGCUACUACAAGGAAACCAGUCCAUGCAGCCUGGCUCUGGGGAAGGCCAACCUCAAAGUCACCUCAGCAUGGAUGGAGUCAUGACACAGACUUCUCCCUUCCUCACAGUACCUUCCUCCAGCUCUCCAGCUGCUGCAGCAGUAAGCGGCCCUCUCAAUCUGGAUACGUUUAGCUUUGCGGAGCUGGACGACCCUUCGGCCUCCGAUCUUUACCCUGACGUGGGUUUUAGUGACAUUCUGAUGGAUGACGGCUGCAUGAUGCACAGCGUCAGGCCUUCAGAUACACUCUUCUCCCCGAUGUCCCCAGGAGCCUCCAAGACCAGCAGCCGCAGGAGUAGCAUGAACAUGGAGGACGACUUGUGACCGAACUGACCACUAAAUGUAUGUUUCUGUGCUUUUUCUUGUGUUGGAUGCCAUGGGAUGUUUUGAAACAAAAUGAAAAUUCAUGUUGUUCCAACUCUGUAUGACUUUCUUUCUUCUGUGGAACUUGAAAGGUGAUAUUUUGAGAAAUGAACUCAGUGGUUACCAAAGCUGAUUGGUUACUGACUUUCUUCAAAAUAUCUUCUUUUGUGUUCUCCAGAAAUGCCACAUUUUUUGGUGGACCAUCCCUGGAAACACUCCAUGUCUUGUGCUGUCAUAUGUCUAUAUAUAUCAGUUCAUUUUGAAAAAAAAAUUAACUAGUAUUACACAAUUUUGUAGGCAGUCAGUGAUCCCAAAUUCAAAACACACCCAAAACAAUUAGCCUUUUUGUAGCUAAAGUUUAGGACAUUUUAGCCUUUCUAUGCAUAGCUGUGUUACUCUAAGGGUAAAUCAUGUGAUGUUUAUUAUUGUUUUAGAUAUGUGUUUUUAGACUCUGCAUUCAGAGCAUGCAAGUGCAUAUAUAUAUGAUUUUGGAGUGUGGCGUGAGUAGUCACCAAAGGGAUGUUUCCGAGUUGUUUAAUAGCAUGAACUCAUUAUUCAUAUUGUUAUUUUGAAAAUGUUCAAGCAAUAUUUCUGCAUAUAUGAGAAUUUUAUUUUUUUAACACUCUUUGCUGGCUUUACUUUCAGCCAAGUACUUGCAUAUUUACUUCUAACUGGUUUGAAAUUUCUACAUUUUAUUUGUUUGUUUACAACACUUCCUUUUAUGGUUCGUAGGUUUGACCUUCUUCAAUGUUACAUUGCUAAACAAAUGUGUGAUGGUGCAGGUGCUCAUACAUAAUUUUUGGUAACACUUUACAAUAAGGUAAAUUCGUAUCUUCAGUUAAUUCAGUAGCAUUACUUAAUACAUCAGGUAUCAUGAAAAACAUAAAAUAAUUUCUAGUUUUACUAGAAGUUAAUUUCUACAUAUACUAAUUCAUUUAAAAAAAUAUUGUAAUACAUUCUAAACAUGUAAAAUGUAAUUAUGGACGAACCAUAACGAUGUAAAGUAGUAUAUUUAUAAAUGAAUAUUUAACCUAGAUUGAUUUAUGUAUUCAUGAUACCUAACGUAUUAACUAGUGUUAAUGAAUUUUGCGUAAAGUAUUACUGAUUUUUAGGAUGAUAUAAGGAAACAAGCCACAUAAUCAUCAUGCACAAAUAGCUUUUCAGGUUUAAAAUGUUACAAGCUACCUCUGCCUAAAGUGCUUUUUUUAACCAGUAGAUCUAAAUCAGCAAUUUGUUAGAUGCAGCUAAAUACACACAUACCUGCGAAUGUAAAUGUUAUGAAAAUUAACUUACAAAUCUGUGUUGUGCUCAGAAAUAUGACAUUAAGAGUACUGCCGGUAAAAGCCAAAUGAAGUUUCCUCUCUGAUCAAACGGUGCCUUUAGCAUAAAGGAACAAAAGUCAUUUUUUUUGGUUUGUAAAUAUAGAAAAAUGAAUACAAAUGAGCCUUGAAAGGUUUAAAAGUUGUUCUCUAUUAAUACUGCAGCAAUUCAAAUGAAUGUAUAAUAUAUAAAACUAUAUAAUUCAAAGCUAAAUGCAGACUUGUAAAAUAUAUAUUUAAAAACUUGAAUGUAAAUGUGAUUAUGCAGUUUCCCUUUUUUUCUGUCAAGGCACGGAAUGGGCAUAAGUUUGAAAUUAUUUAAUUAUGUGAAGUCACACAGCAAUAAUAUUUUUUAUCAUCUCAUUUGCUGACAGUACAGUCCUUAGAAAUGAGCAUUAGUGUGUGUGUGUCAUAAGACAUAUUUCCUCUCAUUAAAACUAAAUUGCCAGUUA